AUGAGAUGCAGAGGACCUGCAUCUCGGCUGAAGGACAGUAUUCCAGUUACUGAACUUUCAGCAAAUGGACCUUUUGAAAGUCAUGAUCUUCAAAAAAGUUUUCCUUGUGUGAAAAAUGAGCUUUGGCCUCAUCCUCUUGAAUUAUGCAAAAAUUUCCAACUCAACCAAGAUAAAAUGAAAUUUUCCAUAUUGAGAAACAUUCAGGGUCUGGUUGCUCCACUAAAAUUGCAAAUGAGAUACAAGGCAGUGCUACAGGUCCAGUGUCUUCCACUUCUUCCACGCUCACACCUCUCACUGGAUAAUUUUAGGGGUAAUGAUGAGACCAUUGGAUUUGAAAAUAUUCUUAAUGACCCAUCACAAAGUGCACUAAUGGAGGAAUCACACUUGACGGUGGAAUAUAAACUUGGUUUACUUCAAUGCAGUGUUCUGACCAUGGAAAUGGAGGGGGCUACAUUUUGUUUACAGUUGUUUGUUUUUACUAUAAUUUUUAUCUAUAUAACAAUAAAAGUACUGAUACAUGAGAACUACUGUCAAAAAGAAAAAAUAUAUCUUAUAUAUCGAGCUCUUAGGAAGGAAGGCAGGACCACGAACAUCCUCAGUGCGGCACCUCAAGAACAGCGACUGUUUCCUACAUAUCUCCAUGUUCCUAAGGCCCAACACACGGAGCCUACAGCCAAAAAACACUUGGCUGGAAAAAUAAUCUCCAUUCCUGAACUGGCUGUAGAUCUGCCCAUUUGGGAUACUGAACCAGAAGUGUCCAGGGCUCCUGCAGAUGGAGGCGAAGCUGCUGGUGUGAAGUGUAAGCGGGUAGGAAAGCAGCAAGAGAUGUGCCAGGAGAGGGAGGCAGACUGGAUCAUAAAGGGCCAUAUUCUGGAGCUCGAAUUUCACCCAGAGGGAGAACGGGGAGCCAUUAAAGGGUUUUAA